CAGCCACAUUCAUAAAUCCUUCUUCUCCAUAUUCAAGCAUUCAGGAACAAGCCCAAAUUCCAUUGCAUAAGAACUUCUAAAGCGCAAGCUCCAAUUACUUCCACCGCAUCCAAAUCGAAACCAAAGUCAACCAUUUACCAGCCGAACAACCGAGAGACGCAACCACCAAAAUGUCCUACAACUCCACCCAAACCUCCUACUUCGAAUCCUCCUCGUAUUCCUCCUCCUCUUCCUCCUCCUCAAACGACGGCCAACAACAUGAGCAGCAGCAGCCUCAGGUCCAAGAAUCCGGGCAUCGCGCCGCGUUCGCCUCCCACACCGAUCCAGAGGGCAACACGACUGUCCACACCGGCCACCAGAACCUGGGCGAGGACCCCGUACUGAAGGAGAAGCGGUUCAGUACUUCCGGUCGCGAGCGCGAGAUGAUGUUGGCGGCUGGUACGCCGAUGGGUGGUGUCAAUCGUCUGCAGGAUCUGAAUGAGUCCACCGGCGAUACCUACUAAGCCUUCCCCCAACAGUUCCAAUAACGGGUUCGUGGUUGUUUCACGGGGAGGCUGCUUAGGGGUGGUAAUUUCGAUUGAAACAUGAAUACCCCAUUGGAAUUUGGAUACUGAUGAAUCUAUGAAUAACUUUUUUUUGACCUCCUGGAUGGGAUUAGGCGGGUGUUGGGUAUAUCACAUUUGUAUUUUUAUGAUGAAAUCCUGUAUAGUAUAUAGGAUUGUUGUAUUGGAUCUCGGACAAUAUUCAUUAUUGAGAGAUAA